UGCUCUUUAAAGCGACAAGAAGACCCCUCAAGAAGGACUUUGUUCCUGAACCCCAGGAGGGUGACAGACAAACAUGCCUGAACCAGCAAAACCGGCAGUUAAAAAGGGUCUCGCGAAACCAGCUCCAAAGUCAGCUGCUAAACCGGAACCGAAGCCUGAAGCACCGCAGGAACCGCCGACAGACACCAGUGAUGGGGAAUUGCCACCUGACGAUACAAAACCAGAAGACAGAACUCCUGAGUUACAUGGAUUAUUUAUUAAGAGACCCGAAAGUGUUUCUGUGGAAACCGGAAGGGACGUUUUCCUCUGCGCGUCCGUAGAUGCCAGUCAACUUUCUGUAAAACCUGCCGUUAAAUGGUUUAAAGGAAAAUGGCUAGAACUUGGGAGCAAGAGUGGGACUCGAUACCAGUUCAAAGAAAUUAUUGACAAGGAAAACAAGAUAUAUAAUUUUGAACUGAAGAUCAUUAAGGCUGUGCUAGCCGAUGCUGGUAACUAUAGAUGUGAAGUCAUUUCCAAGGAAAAAUGUGACAGCUGCUCCUUCAGCAUUGAUGUGGAAGCUGCAAGAGAUGAAGGAAACAUCUUACAAGCUUUCAAAAGGACAGGUGAAGGUAAAAAGGAUGAUCUUGCAGGAGAGCUUGAUUUUAGCGCCUUGCUCAAAAAAAGAGUCGCCACUGAAGAGAAGAAAAAAGAAGAGGAGGGUAUAGAAGGCAUCCCCCCAGAUGUAUGGGAGAUAUUGAAGAAAGCAAAACCUAGCGAGUAUGAAAGAAUUGCCUUUCAGUAUGGUGUCACCGACCUCCGAGGCAUGCUAAAACGACUAAAGAAAGUCAAAGUGGAGAUCAAAAAAAGUGAAUCAUUUACAAAGAAAUUAGAACCUUGCUACUCCGUGGACAAAGGAAAUAAGAUUAAGAUGCAAGUGGAGUUGAUUAAUCCUGACAUACCUGUAAAGUGGCUGAAAAAUGGGCAAGAAAUUCGUCCAAGUGCCAAGUACGUAUUUGAAAACGUGGGUUUGAGAAGGAUACUAACAAUCAACAAAUGCACCUUGGCAGAUGAUGCAACCUACGAGUGUGUAAUUGGAGAUGAAAGGUCUAACACUGAACUCUUUGUCAAAGAGCCUCCUGUUUUAAUUUCCAAACCCCUGGAGGAUCAGCAGGUAUUUGUCGGUGAGAAGGUAGAACUGGAAGUGGAGGUUACUGAAGAGGGAGCCCAAGUCUUAUGGAUGAAAGAUGGCGUUGAGUUGACUCGGGAGGAGACAUUUAAAUAUCGUUUUAAGAAGGAUGGGAAAAAACACGUUUUGGUCAUCAACGAAUCCUCAAUUGAAGAUUCUGGGCGUUAUCAAGUGAUGACUAAUGGUGGAAAGUGCGAGGCUGACCUUGUAGUAGAAGAAAAGCAGCUGGAGGUGUUGCAGGGUAUCGCCGAUCUAACAGUGAAGGCAGCUGAACAGGCUGUCUUUAAGUGUGAAGUGUCUGAUGAUAAAGUAACAGGCAAGUGGUUGAAGAACGGAGUAGAAAUCAGACCAAGCAAACGUAUUACGAUGACCCACAAGGGAAGGAUUCACAAGCUGGUGAUUGAUGAUGUUCGUCCAGAAGAUGAGGCCGAUUACACAUUUGUGCCUGAUGGAUAUGCUCUAACUCUUUCUGCCAAACUCAACUUCCUUGAGAUCAAAGUUGACUACGUACCACGUCAAGAACCACCCAAGAUCCACCUUGAUUGCAGCGGCAAAGAACAUGUCAACACAAUUGUUGUUGUGGCCGGAAACAAAUUACGUUUAGAUGUUCCAAUCACUGGAGAACCUGCACCAACUGUGACCUGGUUUAAGGGAACCACGGAGUUCACCGAUAUCGAAGGACGUGUCCGAGUUGAGGUGAAAAAUGAUCUAAGCAGCUUUAUUAUUGAAGGAGCAAUAAGGGCGGAUGAAGGAAGUUACAAUAUUAUUGUAACCAAUCCAGCCGGAGAAGACAAGGCCACGCUGGUCAUCAAAGUUGUAGAUGUUCCUGAUCCUCCAGAGAAUGUUCGUAUCACAAGUGUCGGUGAGGACUGGGCUGAUGUAGUUUGGGAUCCUCCACUAUACAAUGGCGGAGAGGCAGUAACAGGGUAUCUCAUUGAAAGGAAAAAGAAGGGCAGCCAGAGAUGGAUGAAGAUGAACUUUGAAGUCUUCACAGAAACUGCAUACCAAUCCACAAAGAUGAUUGAGGGUGUAAUGUAUGAAAUACGAGUCUUUGCUGUCAAUGCCAUUGGAAUUUCCCAACAAGCUAAUACCUCAAAACCAUUCAUGCCCAUUGCACCUACUAGUGAGCCUUUGCACUUGAUCGUGGAGGACGUAACAGACACUACCUGUACCCUGAAAUGGAGGCCUCCAGAUCGCAUUGGAGCUGGUGGAAUCGAUGGGUACCUCAUUGAGUACUGCAAAGAAGGGUCUGAUGAAUGGACUGAAGCCAAUAAAGAUUUGGUGGAAAGAUGUGGCUACACUGUGAAAGGUCUUCCCACCGGAGAGAAGAUCUCAUUCCGAGUACGAGCUGUAAAUAUUGCCGGAAAGAGUGAACCAGCCAUUUUGGCUCAGCCUGUGACUAUCCGGGAGAUUGUGGAGCAGCCCAAGAUUCGCUUACCUCGGCAGCUAAGACAGACCUUCAUUAGAAAAGUAGGGGAGCAGGUCAAUCUAGUCAUCCCGUUUCAGGGAAAACCAAGACCAAUUGUCACAUGGACAAAGGAAGGGAAGCCUUUGGACCCCAAACAAGUCAGUAUCAGAACUUCUGAUUGUGACACCAUCCUAUUCAUAAGGUCUUCAGAACGCAGUCACUCGGGAAAAUACGAACUCUCUGUUAAGAUCGAAAAUAUGGAGGACUGUGCGACAAUCAACAUUCGAAUUGUGGAAAAACCCGGACCUCCUCAGGCUGUUACUGUCAAAGAAGUGUGGGGAUUUAAUGCCCUCGUAGAGUGGCUGCCACCCAAGGACAAUGGCAACUCCGAGAUUACCGGCUAUUCCAUCCAAAAAGCAGACAAGAAGACCAUGGAAUGGUUCAAUGUUUUUGAACACAAUCGGCAGACCCGCUGCACCAUUUCCGAUCUCAUCAUGGGGAACGAAUAUUAUUUCAGAAUCUACAGUGAAAAUAUCUGUGGCCUCAGCGAGAACCCAGGCGUCUCCAAGAACACAGCCUACAUCCAGAAAACAGGGUUAGUUUAUAAACCCCAGGACUACAAAGAACGUGAUAUCAACAUGGCUCCCAAGUUCAUUACCCCUCUCGUAAACCGUAGCGUUGUGGCCGGGUACAGCACAGCCCUUAGCUGCGCAGUAAGAGGUUAUCCAAAGCCCAAAGUCAUCUGGAUGAAGAACAAGAUGGAGAUUCGAGAUGACCCCAAAUUCCUCAUGAAGCAUAACCAAGGAGUCCUCACCUUGAAUAUCCGCAAACCAAGCCCCUUUGAUGGUGGAACGUACACCUGUAAGGCCAUCAACGAUUUAGGAGAAGCCGAAGUGGACUGCAGACUGGAAGUUAGAGUUCCCCAGUAGACAUAAAAACCGUUCAGUGAGAUAAGACAUGACAGGUUUUUUUGGAUGUCGAUUUCAACCUCAUAACUGCAAACAAUACUAAGAAAAAUGUCUCCAUUGCCCUGCUAGUUUUAUUUCAUCAUUUGUGUUCUUUCUCCACUAUUUAAUUUUGUGUAUUUUAGAAUGUUUUGAUGUCCUUCAGGGUUAUAUCACUGCCUGUCAGAUCGCACUGCAGAACAGAGAAGAAUCUAUAAAUGAAUGUACAGGACACUUCCCUCUGCUGAAAAAUGGCACAUAAAAAAAAAGAUAUUAAAGUUAAAUUGUUUGAUGGGUGCAGUACCUCGGAUGGCCUUUGUAUUCCUGGUGGCGCUGUAGACUACAGUUGACUGAAGCUCUCUGUUGACAACAAUAGUUGCCUUUCGCUCCACUGAGAUCUAAAGCUUGUUUGAGGCUCCUGUUAAAUACUUCCUUUAAUAAGCAAUAUAAUUAAUAGAUGUGCAUUCAUUUCAAACUGCCAGGAGAGCCUUAGAAGGGUUCUUUAAAGCUGAUAUAUUGCCUCGUCUGGAUUGGACUAACUAGCAAUAUUGUAAGACCAUCUGACAUGGACAAUGAUGGAGGUUGGAUGGUGGUUAUAACCCAUCGUAAGCUUUAGUGGCGCAGGAUAUAUAUACCCUGUAAAUGUCCAGAGGCAUUAGACACACAUCUACAUAUAGCCCUGGAUAAUGUUCCUGUACGACUUACAUAUAGCCUUUGUUAUAGAAAAGACCAAACAUCAGCGACCUCAUUGGCCUGCAUAGCUGUCUUUGGUUUGAUACACAGUAUGGCUAUUGGGAAGUCAACGUUUUGAAAGAUACCUUAAAAGUAAACUAAUUGUGGGUUUUUUUAACCCCUUAAGGACAA